ACUUUGAACCGCCUGUCACUGACCCACGCAGAGCUGUACAUACAAACAACACACCUCACCUGCGGGGCCUAGCAACCGGCCUAGCAACAGACGCUUCCCGGUGUGGGACAGGCGCAACACAGGCUGGGCUAUACGUGCUAACAGGUGCGGAAAGAGCGUCAGCUUUCGUUUCAAACAUUCGCGUGUCCGUAUUUUACGGAGAGUUUUCCGUUCUAUUUUCCACCAUUGAGAUUAUCUAGUAAAUUCGACAAGAAGCCACAGUGUGGUCAGAGAAAAACAGAAGAAGCACCGAAGCUGUUUUAUAGCCCCCCCUCCCACCGGUCUUUCCAGUCAGCCCCAGGACGUGUCUUGUACAUUUCAAGCCAGGUUUUUGGACGGAAGGAAAAUUUGAAAAUGACGGAGUCAGGACUGCGGCCGCGUCCGGAGCUGGACAGACUGGUCAUGCCGGACCCUAACGCCGGCGGGAACGCCGUGCAGCAGAUAGAACUGGCGCGGAGACUCAGACAUUCCAAGUUCCCUACGCUGAAGGGGCGUGCAGACGUGGACAGUUUCCAGGAGCUGCGGAGUGAGGCUAACCAGCAGUGGAACCCCAACGCUGCUGCGCCGCACGGCGGAUAUCCUGCAGCUCCCAUGAGGGACAACAUCCCCAUCCUGGAACCCUGCAGCAUGUUUGUCAGCCCUGCAGCUGAGGUGGACAGACUCACAGUUCUACCACCAGUUGGUCAGCCCUGGGAGGCAGAAGUACAGGGGGAUGAUUUUGAGGAUUGGAUCAACUUUUAUGGGAGACAUCAGAUGCCUUCCAUGGUCCAACACGAAAUUCGACCCAACAUGGCCAAGCCCGCCUCCGUACCCCCUCCCUCCAGGACCGUGGUGGACACGUUACCGAAGUCAGCGCCGGCGGGGUCGUGGAAUGCCCGGAGUAUCCCCGACGUGAGCAUCAGGGCCCGGCUGGGGGGGUGGACCAGCCAGUCCAGGGUACCCAAGGGAGCGCCCAGGGAACCUGAGAAUCUACAGACACACAACUUCUGGUUCGAGGAGAACAGACCACCAACACUAGAUGGUGAUCAGAAUGGCCGAGGAUGGAGAGACCAAGCUGCCAGGAAGUACAUGUACACCUCGUCCCAGCAGAGCGCGUACGAGACGGUAGACUGGGACAAGAAGUUACCAGACAAGGUUCGCCCUCCCACCGGCACACUGGAGCUCCAGCCUGACCAGGUCUCCUACCACACGACGCACAAGAGGUACAUGCCCAGGGCAGAGGAGUGGCAGCGGCUGGGCAGGGCCUGGGACUGGUUCCAGCACAGGGACAACUUCACCCCGGCCAGGCCAGUCACCUUCAUGAGCCACUCCAAGAAGGUCAACCACAUCCCGUACUACGACGGGCACCUUCCCGGAUACGGGGACAAGGACUACCCCGACACCGCGUAUCAGCCAAUCACGGUCCUCAGGUUGAGCAAGCCGCGGUACACGGACACUGCUCACAGACCUAACAUCCCCGGGUACCAGGGCUGCGUACACUGGCUCGCCACACACCCCGCUCACGCACCUCCCAAACAGGGCAAACCAGAGAUGCCUACAACUGCACGGGAACACAGGAGGAUGCCAUACUCACCGAACGACUCAGAACACAAGCACAUGUCCACAAUGUCCAACAUGGUCACCACUGUCCCGCCAUUCAACCCAUUCAACAAGGUGGAGAGACAAGACAUCGACAUCACCAAACUGCCAACAGCAGUCUCUGCUUACUAGGACUCACACAGACAAGUUAUUUUUGAGUUUGCUCAGUGCAUGGCUGAGCAAGUGACAACUUCUGGGCGCUGAAUUAACGCUCACUGAAGCAGCAUAUUCUCCUCUCCCUAAGUUAGAAACAUCCAGCUUAGGCAAGUUCGACCAAGCUCCUUGGUUUGACGAACUAAAUCAAUAGGUAAAGCAGGGGUUGUGAAGGCUGCUGCGUGGGAUCUCUCUACAGCACAGUUAUAGCGGGAAAUGGAUGGUAACGUAGAUCUGGACAUGGUUUUAGCAAGACAAAAGAGGUCUGGUCAAAGUGUAAAAAUUGCUGCUUUUCACAAAAACCUAAAGGGCUAUCUACAUUGUAUUUCAUGUAAUAUAGGGGUAGAUAGGCAUUGUUUUAAAGGGAGGGAAAAGGGGCACACACAAAAUGCCACAUGAUAUUACAAAGAACAUGAUAGUAUUACAUGUAAGACAUAUUGGAGUCAUCUUUUAUUCAUAAUCAAGAUAAUUUUACUUGACUUUGCAUAUAGAUAGGUUUAAAAGAGAGGUAAUAGAAAUGACAAAAGAUAUUUUGAAGUGUCAAAGUGAUAAGCAAUUGACAUAUCUAUACUGUCUUUGACAAAGUUGACACUUUUUAUGAUUUAUAAUUAAUGAAAAUGAAGAGGCUUGACUUUGAGAGAAUGUUUUUUUUGUACAUGUAUCAUGUUGUUAAACCCUCUUCCUGCAAACAGGCUUCUUUAGCAGGGAGAAGGUAAAGUUCAUGCUGCUACUGUUUGAUAAGUAUUGAAUGUUUAAAAUGGCAGAACAUUACAGAGCUGGAGAGCUGGAUUUUAACUGUAAUGUAAAAUAUCAAGUGUUCAUUGCUGCUAAACCAAUUGUGUACAGUGCUCACCAGUUCCAAGUGUUUUGAGACUUUUACUGUUUUUGAUGUUCCAUACAGAUAUGUUCAUGGGAGACCAUUUUUGCCAGUGUCAAUUGGUUUGCAGUGGAUGGCCAUGUAAGAAGAGUUUGUAUAGAUAUUGUACAUAAUGUGUAUUUCACUUUUACUAGGUUGAAAUUUUUUCUAAGGUUUGCACCAAUAAAGUUGCACUCCACUACAUU